AUGGCCGAUACUAUUGAAGUUUCUACUUCUGCGGAGCGAAAUGAUCUUCCUCCAGGAACCUUCUUAUUGAUUCGAGAGGAUGAAUACGAUCUCAACAACCAGCGGGUCGUGAUGCUUGAUCCAGUCCCUACCAGUGACCCAAAUGAGCCAUUGAACUGGAGCACUGCUCGCAAAACUGUCAACUUCACUAUCGUUCUCGGCAUGACUGUCGUCAUAUUUACAGCACUCUCCGUGCAAGCUAUUUUCUGGCAGCAAAUGGUUGUCGAUUUGCACGUUACCUACACGGAGCUUAACAGGGCAAUGUCCGUCAGCUUUGUUGGCUUGGCCAUGGGAUGCUAUCUGUUUAUUCCCCUGGCAAAGAAAUUUGGACGUCGCCCUAUAUAUAUUGUAUCAACCAUGCUCAUGGUGGCCACCUCCUUUUGGUCGGGCAGUCUGACGAGCUUGACCGAUCUUUACGUCUCCAAUUUACUGCAAGGUUUGGCUGGUGCAACCAACGAAGCUAUUGUUGAGAUUACGAUUGCGGAUCUCUUCUUUGUACACCAUCGAGGCCGGAUGAAUGCUUUGUAUAUGAUUAUGGUGAUGAUUGGCUCUUUCCUGUCCCCCAUGGCUGCCGGCACUCAAGCGACCAACCAAGGAUGGCGGUGGUCCUACCGCACCAUGGGAAUUUUCAACGUCGUUUUCCUAAUUCUUUUCAUCUUUGUAUAUGAAGAGACGAAAUACGUCCCAAUGAUUACGGGUCAAUCCCAGUCUGGGCCAGAAACGAACGAUAGCAUCACCAAAUCCGAUGACAGUGAUCGAAAGCAAGCACCUCAAACAGAGACGAAGUCUACGCAAAUCGUCGAACCAAGCACGUUGCAUCAUGAAAUAGACUCCAGCAUUCCGAUUAAUGGAUGGCGCAAACGUCUAGCCCUGGCCACCCCAACACAGGAAUCGAUCUGGCCAUACUACUAUCGACCCAUCUACGCGUUAUUUAGCUUCCCAGCUGUCAUGUAUACAGCCUUACAAUAUGCCUCGGGUGUAGUAUGGCUCACGAUACUGUCUAGUGUUCUAUCACUCACAUUCCCACUCCCACCAUAUUCCUUCACUUCCGAGCAAAUCGGUUUUAUGAGUGUGGGUCCGUUCAUUGGGAACCUCAUUGGCUCGAUCUAUGGUGGUGUGUUGGGUGACUGGUCGAUUCUGUACUUUUCACGCAAAAACAAAGGCUAUUUCGAGCCGGAGAUGCGUCUUUAUAUUCUGCCUAUACCUGCUGUCUUCAUGACAGGUGGUUUGAUCAUGUUUGGCGCUACCAUUGCUAGGGGUAUGCAUUGGAUUUAUCCCAGUAUUGCUGGAGUUUUCUUUGGGUUUGGGCUGGGCAGUAUUAGUGAUGCUGCAUUAACACUGGUUAUUGAUAGUUACCGUGAGAUCACAGGUGAUGCUUUUACUGGGAUUGCGUUUAUGCGUAACGCGGUUAGUAUUGGAAUUCCGUUUGCAAUCUCCCCUUGGAUAGAGCGGGAUGGACUCCAGGAUAUGUUCAUCGCUUGUGGAUUCAUCUCUCUUGCGAUUACCUCCCUGAUGAUUCCGAUGAUAUUUUGGGGCAAGGAUGCUCGACGUGCCUCGGCCGCACGGUACUAUCGAGUCAUGGAGAAGCAGGGAAGUGUCAGGCAUUGA